GAGGAGGAGGAGGGAGUGUGUCUGCCAGUGACCUGUGACCCGCACUAAUCUGCCCCAGGAAUGACAGGCAUCCACACUGGAGCUGCUGCAGGCGCUGCUGGACACGGAGCGGGGCACCGAUAACCACGGCCGAGCACCGGGACAUGACACCCUGCCGGGAUUACUUCUACUGGGAAUGCACGGUCAGCGGAGACUGAGAGCCGCCUGAGACCGGACAAAGGGGCCCUCCUGGCGGGGAAGCCAUGGGCCAGACCUCCGUAUCCUCUCUGUCCCAGAAGACGGGCAGCGUUGACGGUUUGGACAAAGCUUCCAUUGCAAACUGUGAUGCACCAAACACAGGCAACCAAUCGCCUCCUCUGAAGAGGAAAGGAAGGCUUUCAUCCAUAGGAAAAAUUUUCAAGCCUUGGAAAUGGAGAAAGAAGAAAGCUAGUGAAAAAUUCCGGGAGACCUCAGCAGUAUUAGAACGCAAAAUAUCCAUGAGACAGAGUCGAGAAGAACUUAUAAGAAGAGGAGUUCUUAAAGAAAUACCAGACCACGAUUGUGAUAUUCCAUUAAAUAUGGGAACUUCAAAUGGUCAUACCGUGCCAAUAAGUGAGGAGACGCCGAACAAACAGAAACCUUUAACUGGAAAUGGAGCAAUAGCAUCAAAAGCAGCUGUGGUAGAAGAGAAGAAGGAUGAUAAGAAAGAAAGGGGUCGUGUGUGCCCAGAAUUGCCACCACCUCCUGCUCCACCUCCUCCCAAACCCAAAAAAAAUAUUGUCCCUCACAAAAAUGUAGCCACUGCUGGCAAUCAUAAGAGAGGUGAGGCGGCUACAAAACAGACUUCAGGUGGCACUAGUAAGCAGCCACCGGCCACUCUUCCAAAGCUGACAAAUCAAGCAGCCUCCCGCAGCACUGAGAGCACAGAGAAGACCACAGGAGCACCUGAGACCAAACCAAAAAGAACAGUCACUCCUUCAAAAAGCUCUGCUGCUUCUUCCGGGCCCAGCCAUAAGAAAGAUGACCCUGCCAACAAAAAAACAGCCAAAAGCAUUUCUAAACAGCUGUCUGCUCCUGCACUUAGGACGACAAGUAAAGGUGCCACACAGGAAAGUGCUGCUUCUUCCAACAAGAAAACUGCUGCAACAAAGACAGCUUCUUCCACGCUGGCAACUUCAUCCCGGUCCAGAACGGUAAAAGAGCAAAUAACCAGUAAAGCAGGCACAUCGAGCACUCCACGUGCCAAAAAAUUGCCCAGCAAAACGUUAUCUGGGUCUGUGGAUGGCACAAAACAACCAUUGGUAUCUCAUUUAACUAGCAGUACAAGCCAAAAGAAAGUAGAUAGGACAGAGCAGACAAAAUGCCAUGUGGACUCCGAGAACCAGGAGACAAGUCUCAAAGAACAUUCCCUCACUGACCUGCAGCCCAGCUCACAGUCCACAUCACCUGCUGUAGACCAUCAGAUGAAUACGACAUGUAACACAACUGAUCCAACCCAGGAGGGGAAUAAGUCCGAUCACACUGCUGCCAAUUGUGAGGAUGCACCACCCUUAGAAAAUGACAACAGUGUAAUAGUAUCAGAAGACGAGGAGGCAACAUAUGAUAAGAAAGAGAAUGUACACAGUGUUAAUUUCAGUGAAAUACCUGUGGAAAGCCAAGAAGACCUGGCAAGUCUCGAAAGUAAUGAGGCAACAGACGAACCUUCUGACACUUCGGUGAAUCCUUAUGGAGAAAGUGAAGGCAAAGAAAGCCAGACCAGUGACUCUGACUCAGAUGGGCCCAUCCUUUACACAGAUGAUGACGACGAUGAUGAUACCACAGAAAGCGCCUUAGCUAGAAAAAUCCAUAGAAGAGAUACGCUUGCUAUAAAACUGGGCAAUAGACCAUCUAAAAAGGAUUUAGAAGACAAGAACAUUCUACCACGUAAUUCUGAAGAAGAGCGUCAGGAGCUCUGGCAGCAGAUUGGGACAAAAUUAGUAAGGAGAUUAAGUCAGAGACCAACUAGUGAAGAACUGGAACAAAGAAACAUCUUAAAACAAAAAAAUGAAGACGAAGAACAGGAAGCAAGAAGAGAGCUGAAGCGUAAGCUGACACGGAAGCUCAGUCUGAGGCCUUCGGUGGCUGAACUGCAGGCCAGACGGAUCUUGCGCUUUAACGAAUAUGUAGAGGUGACUGACUCUCUGGACUAUGACCGCCGCGCCGAUAAACCUUGGGCAAGGUUAACUCCUUCUGACAAGGCUGCCAUUCGAAAAGAACUAAAUGAGUUUAAGAGUACAGAAAUGGAAGUGCAUGAAGAAAGUCGACAGUUUACAAGAUUUCACCGUCCAUAGAAGAAUGAAAAAUUUGUUAGAAUCCAGCUCACACUGGAUUUUCGAGAAGAGUGCUCCUCAGUAAACGCUCAUUUCUUGGAGUCUUACUUAUUAGCCGAAAGCAUGAAGUGGCUACUCUGAAAACAUGUCAGUCUUUACUUUUAUGCUCUCCUUUGUCUUGUUGAUAUUCCUUCUUUGAUUUUAUUUAGGCUUUCAAUAUGUAGCCAGACAAUCAAGUAUUAUAAAUUAUUUUCAGACAAGAGAACAAUGCCUUAAGCUCAAGCAGCAAUGAUGGGCUAUCUGACCGCUGUGGUUCUUAUCGCCAUGUUGGCUUACACUCUGCUAGUCAUGUACGAUGAGCAUUGUGCAUUUCCUGAAAACUCAGUACUGAGACUAGAGCCGCUCCAGAAACUAUUUAAACAUUCGGAUUCUCCGUUCGGAGUUAGCAAUUACCUAUGAAUCCACCUUAGCUAGCUGUGUCAGUUUCUUAAAGAACAGGUUGUUGUUGUUUUUUUUUUUUGUUUUUGUAAAGAAAGAAGUCUGACCAAACUGAAAAGAGUUAAGUCUUUAUCAUUGCCACAAAUAAAACAUGAAGGUUACAGGAUUUUACUUACAUUCCUUGGUGACUGCACUGAAGAAAUAGGAUUUUUCGGACCCAACAAAACAUCUUGUAUAGCAGUUGAUGGAAAUGCUAUGAUUUAAAUGUAAAAUGAGAGAGAAAUUGACAGUCCAGCCACAAAUGCUCAACACUAACUUCAAGUUAUUCUGAAGACAAAUAUAUUUACUUUUUGCACACCAUCUAGGGAAUAAGGCUUUUGUGUGUUUUGUGCACAUUGUUUUCUACAACACUCACUCCUGUACCCUUGAAGGAUACAAGGCUGUAAAGACCAGUAUAUAUUGUUACUACUAUUCAUGUAUGUACUGUAUGUGUGUAUUUGAUAGUACCCUGCAGUCAGGCACCUACUAUGUUUACAAUCAUAGAUAGCUAGCACUUAAUAAUAUUGCAGAACAAAAUAUAUGCAUGUAUCCUUGCACUGGAUAUCAUAAACAUGAAAUGGACCCAGGUCAUUUAGGUAGCCCAUUUCUCAUUUUAGUAGUCCUUCUCCAUGCACACUUUCCUCAACACAUUCUCCCUUCUUCCCUGAAACUGCAUAACUUGAGAUCUUACUGUUCUCACCUCUGCCUCAGUUAUUGUUGUCUCUUUCAGGGAUUAACACCCCAGAGAAAUGCUAAGUAUGAGAACAAUGAACAGCAAAGCAGCACAUCUAAGCAAUGUUACAGUUGUAUGUUGUAUUGAGCCAGAGAUGUCAAAAUUGUCAGUCUCUUAGUGGAUUGUUAGCCAAGUGCACUUUAUGUCCAUGAGAGGAAAGGUUUCUUUAUUGAAUAAACCUGACAUUUGCUGGAAUUUUAUAUUAACUAAAAGUAAAAACUUUUUCUAUUUAAUCACUCCCAAAGUUCAUCUCUGGUUCCACUUGAAUUGGUUUGACACUGCAUGAGGAAUUGUUUUCCCUGUGAUCUUCUAAAAAUUUAGAUUGAAUGGGCAUGUGUUUAAAGAAACCCUUAAUAUAAUCCACUGUAAAUGUAAACACUUACCUUUCAUAAUCCAGGUAUUUUCUCCCUGCUCAGAACAGUUUAUAACUACAUCAGUGUUUGUACCAAGUUGUGUGAUUAACUACCCACAGACUAUGUAGGAAAGAACUUAUGUACAGCAGCGGCCCUUUCAUUAUGGUGCCCAUGUGCUGCAGAGGAGAAUACUCCACUGUCACCACAUAGCACCCAGGAUGCACGUAGGGUCAUCAUAAUUGCCAACAGUCUUGAUUUUGGUAAGACAAUCCUCCAAACUAGCCAAAAUCCAAAUUGGCCAUUUUUGGAUGGGGCUGAAAUGUCCAAAUUUUGGCAUGUUAAGUGCUGGAAAGUAUGCUCUGUGUCAUCACAUUAACCUUUCACAAUCGGUAUUAUCACUAUCUAUGCUGCAUCAUGUUGUUUUUUAUGUUUUUUACAUGAAGUAGUUUUAUCUCUCCCCUCUGCAGAUGAAAUGGUCCCCUUCGAUUCUAGCAGUGGGCAGUCUAUGCUCCUAUUAUACGGAAGUAAAUCUACUGUUUUGUUAAAGGGGUUUUCAGGAAUUAGAAAAAACAAAGCUCCAUUCUUACAAAUACAGUACCACACCUGCAAUACGUUGUGUGUAGUAUUGGAGCUUAUUUAGCUCUGUUAAGGUGAAGGGGAUCUGAUCUGUAGUACUUUUCUACACCUAAAUCUAGCCAUACACGUUAGAUCAAAGUUGGAACACUCAACAAUUUUGAUGGUACAGGUCAAUGUCCCUAUAUUUGUUGGGGACGAAUAUGUUGAAUGACCGAAUAUGUGGGAUUUCAAACAUGCCAGAUUAUUUGUUCUCUUAGGAAAUAGGCCCAUGCCAUAGGGAUCUAAUGGUAAUUUAAAAGUUUUCCCAUUUAAAAUAAAUAGUGAUGCUCUGAUGAGCAUGCUUGUUCACGGGGAGACAAGUGAGAAAGCUGUUGGCUAAACUUGUUUAUCCAGCAGCUAUCUAGUGUGUGUUGAACUUUAGGGUGGACAUACAUUUUAGAUACCAUUCAAGGGGUUGUCUGGGGAUUCAAAAAAUUUAAUAUAUGGCUGGGGUUGCUAUUAAAAAAAAAAAAGUUUUUAUAUUUACCUCUCUGAUCCCCCUGCAGCUGCUUUUCAGACAGCUCCCCGGUCCCUGUUUCUUCCUCGUUCCUGUGAUAUGUUGUUCCUGCAUCAACUGUCCCAUUCAGCCACCACUGGUUAUAGUGGUGUCCUGCCUUUGCCAGUGAUUAAAUGAGCGUGAAGGUUCUGCUCCAAUAUCUAAUUUUGGAAGCAGAGAGAAGAGCUAAGCAGUUGGGAACCAGAAGUAACCGCAACAGAAGUUGUGGGUGACCAGGGUAGAGAAGUAUCACCUUUUUUCUUUUCUUUUCUUUUUUUUUUUUUUAUACCCCCGGGCCCAAAAACAUAAGAUUUAAUGAAGUUUCUACCCUUUUUUCUUCCUCUCUAUGAUCUGCCCCAGUCCUAAAACCAUCAAUUGCAAGUACCUAAAUAGUAUUCACAUCAUUGAUCCUUUACCUCCUGUGUACAGUCAGCCAAUCUGUUCAAUUUCCUUCCUGUUUGUUGUAUGAUUUGUACUCUGUUCCGAUAUAACUUACUAAAGGUCCCAUACCCAUUAGAGUAAAGUUGAUGAAAGUGGACAUCUUCAACCAAAACAACAUUUGUUUUAUUUAACCGAAGGCAGACUGUCAUAGUCUGAAAAAAAGUCUACUACUGUAGAUUUAAAAUUUUCAGAUGAAAAAUCUUCUGUCCAGGAAAGAUCUUUAGUCCACAAAUGAUCUUUCAGGAAAGAACAUUCCGAGAAUAUUCCCAGAAAGAUUGUUUGUUCUGUGCCCAGUGUCAUUGAUCAUGUAUGGUCAUAUAGAAAAACUGUAAUGGCCAAGAUAAACCCAGAUGUAUAUAACUGUCUCAAACAAUUGUUCAGUCAACUUUUGUUCAACCAUCAACCUAUUUCUAUCUAUGUGUAUGGCAACCUUAGACCAUUGAGCUAUUCUAACCGUAUAGAAAAACUCAGAAAAUGAUGCAACUGGAUGGACUAGAUAUUUGCUUUGGUUUUUGGGAAUGAUUUAAUAAGAAGGGCACAAUCUUAAGGCCAAGGAGAGACAGUUCUGAAUGUUUUGCUGACUUGUUGGCGAGGAGUACAUUCUCAUUCUAACUUUUUAGAGUGCCAGGACAUGUUGUACUAUUUUAAUUGUAAAUAUAAGCCAAAUGAGCUUUGUACUUAAAAUCACAGCUUUAGUUUGACCAGAAUACAUAUAUAGUGUUUGUCCUCAGUGUAUUUGUCUUCAUAAUUCAGUGUUAAUGGACAGUAUGCCCACCUAUGUGUAUGUAUCCACAUUGUAUGUAUCAGUGUUUUCUUGUAUGUUAGCUGAACGUCCUAUUUACAUAGCGGGCUAAAAUGCUUAUAUAUUUAAAAAGGUCAUUAUUUACAUGAUAAAGACUGCCUGUACAGUAAAUUGUGCGUUGCUCAAAGACUUGGAAUGUUGUAAAAAAUCAUGUAAAGUUUUUAUUUUUUUUUGUAAAUGGCAGUCAAAUCUGUGCAGGUUUUUGGUGGCUGCUCCAAUGGAUGUAUUUAUAUUUAACUUUUACUGAUACAGACCAAUGAAUGACAUGAAAUGUUUUUAUGUAGUUGUGUAGGAUCUAAAAGAAAAGCCUGUUGCUCGCCUUAUACUAUGCUCAUAUAAUCACCUUAAAAAAAUGCUGAAGUAACAGAGCAAAGGCCUCAUUGAGUGUAGCGUUUGGCUCUUGAGGAUUACUGUAGCGCAUUGAAGACCAUGAGUACCUGUUUAUUUCUUUGGGUGCUCUUUCAAUGCUGCAGAAAAAUGAAGGAAUUACCCAGAUGUGAUAGGAGCUGAUCAAGGGUGUGACAGGACACCUUGUGGUUAUAAGAGGCACACUAUUUAUCAUGCUUUGUCCAAAGUGGACAGCUUGCUUGUGAAUGAUUUGGAGGACACUUUUUGUAUGUAAAUAAAACUGUGUGAAGUUAUUAGUCAAUAGUUAAAUAAAAAAAAUUGCAAAUGAAGGCCACAUACCAUGGGGUAUUAUUACAAAGUUCAAACACAGCUAUGAAUCAAACAGGACACUGAUACUUGCGGUCCAUGAAUAUUAUGCCAUCUAUUGUGUUUAUAACACAUUUUGGAUUAAGUUUAUGUAUGUAAGGGGUAUUCUCAUCUUAGACUUUGAUCAUGUUCCUUUAGUAGCCUCUACACAUCUCGAGGUGAGUGGAAAGAGCUACACAAGGGGUUAUCUGCAUUUAGUUUAUUUGUACAGUUCAGUGUUGCCUCCACAGUCAUCCUGCUGCCUUUGCUUACUUCCCUGCAUGGCAUGCUUUUCUUACUACCCUGAUGAUGUACGGGGCCCCUUGCAGCCAAUCGCUGGCAACAGGCAUGCCACUGUUGCAGGGAAGUAAACCAAGUCAGAGGUUAGGAUUGGAGGGGCUUCACUGGACUUGGCAAGGAUAAAACUGGUAAAUUAAUCAUAGAGGCUUGAACACACCUUUUAUACAUGUGGGGCAGUGGUUAGGGGUUCCCCAUUCUUGAAAAAGGUGCAGGCCAGAGAGGGGGAGCACACCUCUUACAGAGAUUUAUUUAAAGAGUACCUGUCAUCAAAACAUAUUUUCUAAACUAACUCAGAUUAUAUUACCUAACUACUUCUAACACAGCUUGUUCCCUUAAAAAAUAUUCCGAGCUUUAAAAAGCUCUGAAUCAUACCUUUCCCUUUGCUCACAUUGUGUGAGCUCCUGGCAGGAGAAAGUGGGCGUUCUCCAGCAGGCGAGAUGUCAUUGAAGCCUGCGAGAGCUGUGCCUCGCCAUGCCCCGCACACACAUCCUGAGUUUGGUCUCCUGCCAGGUCAGGAGGAGACCAAACUAACUGUUUGACCUGUGCAGAGAACAGAACAGAGCCAUCUAGUGGCCGUUUUUUUAAUAACAUUAAAAACAUAUAAAGGUUGAGAUUUUUAACAGCAAGUAAAUAGCAAAGCAUCUUAUAAUUACAUAAGGAACAAUAUAUUAAAAGUUUAGUUUGGUGACAGGUACUAUUUAAGAUGAAAAUUACCUUUAUAUUUAUUAUGACCCUCUAGAAAAAAAAUAUUUGUUUCUGUGCCUGUUAUUGUAUGUCAUAUGCCUUGUUGUACAAUUCUAUUUAGUUCUUGUUCAAGUGCACCUAUCCUGAGAUGCAAACUCUUUUCAAAGUGGCAUGCAUGUAUAUUGCUGACCCUCCUUAAAAAUAGGCAGUGUUCUUGCCGGAUAUGUAAAGCAUGAUAUGUUGUCCAUUAAACUUUGUUGGCUGUUUAAUGAAUGGACAUGUGCCUCUUACUGAUAGAAAUACUCUUUGUAUAUACUCCGCUCUCCUCUCGUUAAUGGAGAUCCCCCUCCCCUAACUUAAGGUGUUCCAAUAGGGUUUUUGAAACCCUAUUUUCUAAUUUCAACAUCUUUAUUUUGUCAAACAUGACCUAUAACCCAGACUACUUGAAUAAAAGACCGUUACCCAUGCCGUCUGCAAGCAAAUGCCAAAAUCAACCAGUCCAAGCCUGUCUUCAACAAAUUGUAGUUCUAGAAUUCCUGCACUAGUUUUUAUGUGUGGGAAUGCACUUAAUGCUGCUAUCUUCUAAAGGAAACAAAUACUCCAACCUUGUGGUGUGGCCAACAUUUUUAUUUAUUUGGAUAUGAUAAGAUAAGAAGUAAUGGAUGGCAGACACAUUGUUUUUUUUCCCCUUGUGAAUACAGAAUGUGUGCCGUAUAUAAGCUUAUCAUCAUCAUGCCACUUUAAAAUUAGAUUGUUCAUCUAUGUAGGACAUUUUUACAAGACAACCGGCUCCAGGGGCCCUAAAGCCACUGGUCAGCGUUUGGAACAUUUAGUUCUGAAUGCUGUGUGCAUGCUGCAGGGGUUGGCCAAGCCUCCUUGUGCCAUCAGGCCACG